UUCAAAGUUCCCAGCACACUAAACUUUCAGCAAGCUUGCACUACAUGUGUCCCACCGCCUUGCUCUAAGUCCCUUAAGGGUGGGGCCGCUGUAUCUCCCACGUGGACUUGGGCAUGCUACCUCUUGUUCAUAGGUGCUCAAAGAAAGCCAGCGAUCGCACCUGACUGGCAGAGCAAAAAGUACAGUACAGCAGGUCCUCGAAUCGCAUUUUUUCGUUCAGUGUCAUUUUGUAUAACUUGAUGAGAAAAAAUAAUAAUUUCCUACCGGGGCUACUGUUUGUGUGGACCUUGCCCCUUCUCCCCACGUCUGCAUGGGUUUUCACCAGGUACCCCAGGGUACUGCCUCCCACAUCUCAGUGCAGGCUGGAUGAAUUGGCCUUGUCUGUGUUUCCUGUCUGAGUGUGAGUGUGAGUGCUCCCUGCGAUGGAAUGUCGUCGUGUCCAAGGGUUGGUUCCCACCUUGCACCCUGAGCUGAGGGGAUAGGCUUCAGCCACCCUCGACCCUGAACUGGAAUAAUUAGGUACUGCUUAGGAUGAAUAUGAUUUGGAGAAAUUCCAUUUCUUGUCUAAGGCUAGGAAAGGUGCCACACAGAUACCAAAGUGGUUACCACCCAGUGGCCCCUCUGGGAUCAAGGAUUUUAACUGACCCAGCCAAAGUUUUUGAACACAACAUGUGGGAUCACGUGCAGUGGUCUAAGGAAGAAGAAGCAGCAGCCAGAAAAAAAGUAAAGGAAAACUCAGCUGUGCGAGUCCUUCUGGAAGAGCAAGUUAAGUAUGAGAGAGAAGCUAGUAAAUACUGGGACACAUUUUACAAGAUUCAUAAGAAUAAGUUUUUCAAGGAUCGUAAUUGGCUGUUGAGGGAAUUUCCUGAAAUUCUUCCAGUUGAUCAAAAACCUGAAGAGAAGGCGAGAGAAUCAUCAUGGGAUCAUGUAAAAACUAGUGCUACAAAUUGUUUCUCAAGAAUGCACUGUCCUACUGUGCCUGAUGAAAAAAAUCAUUAUGAGAAAAGUUCUGGUUCUUCAGAAGGUCAAAGCAAAACAGAAUCUGAUUUUUCCAACCUAGACUCUGAAAAACACAAAAAAGGACCUAUGGAGACUGGAUUGUUUCCUGGUAGCAAUGCCACUUUCAGGAUACUAGAGGUUGGUUGUGGAGCUGGAAAUAGUGUGUUUCCAAUUUUGAACACUUUGCAGAACUCUCCGGAGUCCUUUCUGUAUUGUUGUGAUUUUGCUUCUGGAGCUGUGGAGCUCGUAAAGUCACACUCGUCCUACAGAGCAACCCAGUGUUUUGCCUUUGUUCAUGAUGUAUGUGAUGAUGGCUUACCUUACCCUUUUCCAGAUGGGAUCCUGGAUGUCAUUCUCCUUGUCUUUGUGCUCUCUUCUAUUCAUCCUGACAGGAUGCAAGGUGUUAUAAACCGACUGUCCAAGUUGCUGAAACCUGGGGGAAUGCUGUUAUUUCGAGACUAUGGAAGAUAUGAUAAGACUCAGCUUCGUUUUAAAAAGGGACAUUGUUUAUCUGAAAAUUUUUAUGUUCGAGGAGAUGGUACCAGAGCAUAUUUCUUUACAAAAGGGGAAGUCCACAGUAUGUUCUGCAAAGCCAGUUUAGAUGAAAAGCAAAAUCUGGUUGAUCGCCGCUUACAAGUUAAUAGGAAAAAACAAGUGAAAAUGCACCGAGUGUGGAUUCAAGGCAAAUUCCAGAAACCAUUGCACCAGACUCAGAAUAGCUCCAAUAUGGUAUCUACACUCCUUUCACAAGACUGAAUUUUGUAACAUGUUAAGGUACAAAGCCAGAGGACUGUGCUAUUCAAGGACUACUGUAAGUCUAUCGUUUCUCAAAAGACAAUGAGAAAAAAAGAAGAGAAUUUGUAUUUCCUGCCGUUUUGUCAUAGGUGAGCUCCUUUGUGCGUUUUAAGCACGUGUAAGUGGUUCGGCACAGUGUGCCUUUUUCUGUGCUUUGAAAACUUGAUGUGCCCAAGCUUGUUUGAAUUUAUUACAUCUAACCAUUUUGCUUGUUCCUUGAUUUUUAUAAGCAUUCAAUUAAGUUAGUAUUAUGUCAAGUAAUUUUGAGAAAAUGUAACUUGACAUUUUUUGCAAGUAAAAAAAAUUGUUUAUUUGUUUAGGCUUAGUAAACCAGUUCCCAAACACAGUCAGACUCUUCCCAUUGUCAUCUGAUUGCAGAGAGAAAGCACACCUUAUUUCCAGGGAAAGCUACAACAAGCCCAAGGUCAAAGUGUAUUAUUUUUUGUCUUGUUGUUGUCUAUUUUCUCCCAAUUUUUUUUUGAAAUUCAGAGGCUCAUAUCUGAAAUAGAAUUUUAGUUCCUCUUUCCUUUCCUAAAAUUGGGGAAGUACAGCCCAUGCUGACAUUAUUUUCAGGCUAUUCUUAGAUAUACAAGUUGUUAGGCCAGGUGCAAUGGCUCGCACCUGUAAUCCCAGCACUUUGGGAGGCUGAGGCAGGCAGAUCGCUUGAGCUCAGGAGUUCAAAACCAGCCUGGACAACAUGGCAAAACCCUGUCUCUCCCAAGAAUACAAAAAUUAGCCAGGCAUGGUGGCACAUACCUGUGGUCCCAGCUACUCAGGAGACUGAGGUGGGAGGAUCGCUUGAGCCUGGGAGGCGGAGGUUGCAGUGAGCUGAGAUUGUACCACUGCGCUCCAAACUGGGUGACACGGUGAGACCUUGUCUCCAAAAAAAAAAAAAAAAAAAAAAGGUAUGUAAGCUGACAAGCUCUUGUAUCAAGGGCUUUUGAACCACAGCAACUUCAUCUUGAAUAGGGACUGUGUAAAAUGAGGCUGAGACCUACUAGGCUGCAAUCCCAGGAGGUUAAGGCAUUCUUAGUUACAGGAUGAGAUAGGAAGUCAGUACAAGAUACAGGUCCUACAGACCUUGCUGAUAAAACAGGUUGCAGUGAAGAAGCCGGCCAAAUGCCACCAAAACCAAGAUGGCAAUGAGAGUGUCCUCUGGCUGUCCUCACUGCUACACUCCCACCAGUGCCAUGAUAGUUUACAAAUGCCAUGGCAACAUCAGGAAGUUACCUAUAUGGUCUACAAAGGGGAGGCCUGAAUAAUCCACCCCUUGUGUAGCAUAUAAUCAAGAAAUAACCAUAAAAAUGGGCAACCAGUAGCCCUUGGGGCUGCUCUGCCUAUGGAGUAGCCAUUCUUUAUGUUUUCCUUUUUUUUUUUUUUUUUUUGAGAUGGAGUCUUGCUCUGGCACCCAGGCUGGAGUGCAGUGGCAUGAUCUCAGCUCACUGCCAGCUCCACCUCCCGGGUUCACGCCAUUCUCUUGCUUCAGCCUCCUGAGUAGCUGGGACUACAAGCACCCGCCACCACGCCCAGCUAAUUUUUUUUAUUUUUUUUUAUUUUUAGUAGAGACGGGGUUUCACCAUGUUAGCCAGGAUGGUCUCAAUCUCCUGACCUUGUGAUCCGCCCGCCUCGGCCUCCCAAAGUGCUGGGAUUACAGGUGUGAGCCACCGCGCCCAGCCUAUUCUUUACUUAAACUUGUUUUCACUUUGCUGUAUGGACUCAAUUCUUUCUUGCACAAGAUCCAAGAAUCCUCUCUUGGCAUCUGGAUCCAGACCCUUUCUGGUAUCAGUGGUAAGCUCUGUUUAAGACAACUGUCAUACCCAAGAAAAUUCUUAAAUUUGUGGCAGUUAAAAAUGUAUUUAUCCCCUUGAGGGCCGGGCGCAGUCGCUCAAGCCCGUAAUCCCAGCACUUUGGGAGGCCGAGGAGGCGGAUCAUGAGGUCAGGAGUUCGAGACCAGCCUGACCAACACUGUGAAACCCCGUCUCUACUAAAAAUACAAAAAAAAUUAGCCAGGCGUGGUGGUGGGCACCUGUAAUCACAGCCACUCGGGAGGCUGAGGCAGGAGAAUCACUUGAACCCGGGAGGCAGAGGUUGCAGUGAGCCGAGAUGACACCACUGCCCUCCAGCCUGGGUGACAGUUGUUAGACUCCGUAUCAAAAAAAAAAAAUUUAUUUACUCCCUUGCUUCAAAAAGGACAUAAGUUGGCUUGCAAAUCACAUUUUGUAGAAAUGAAGUUUUUAAGAUUAGUCUCAUACUCAUUACAUAGUAUUUAUUGACUACUUACAUAUUGAGUGCUAAAUUCAGUGGAAUAAUACGAACAAUAAAGACCCAGCCUUGUUUAUGCUCUUCAGGGAGCAUAAAUAGAGUACAGCUGGCAAAACAAAAUGUGCAUAUCCCAAACCUGUAAAUCAUGAUCUAAGACAAUAUACAAACACUCAAAUAGGGAACUUACCAGCUAGCAGACUUUGAUUAUGAACCACAGAACCUAGAAUAAAUAAAUACUCUCUUGAAAGAACCAUCAUUGGAAUAA